AUGGUUAGGGCACCGCAAGGAAAAAAUAGCACGUCCGAUCACCGUUUCUUUCUUUCUUUCUUUCUUUCUUUCUUUCUUUUUUUUUUUUCAAAACAGUUCAGUACCUAUCUAUUUCAAUUUUUCUUUCACUAUCUAUCUAUCUAUCUAUCUAUCUAUCUAUCUAUCUAUCUAUCUAUCUAUCUAUCUAUCUAUCUAGGCUUGUUCAUUAUCUAUCUCUAUUUAGCAAAUCAACAAUUUGUAGUCUGUCUGAACGCCAUCAACAAAUAUACCAUUCAAUCAAAUGCAGCCAUGAUUCAUGCCAACAGCCAACCACGUGCGCGUCUCAACGCGUGUUUCUCUCUUUUGCUGCUUUUUAUUGCUUCUUUCUUUCCAAAUCUCUCUCUCUCUCUCUCUCUCUCUCUCUCUCUCUCUAUCUAUCUAUCUAUCUAUCUAUCUAUCUAUCUAUCUAUCUAUCUAUCUGUCUCUUCAUCUAUCUAUCUAUCCCCUCUGUUCAUAUCUAUCUAUCUAUCUCAGCCUGAUCACUAUCUAUCUAUCUAUCUAUCUAUCUAUCUAUCUAUCUAUCUAUCUAUCUAUCUAUCUAUCAGUCUCUUCAUCUAUAUAUCUAUCCCUCUGUUGAUUAAUAUCUAUUAA